UGCGUGCGGAGCCAAUACGGCUCGGCUAAAUCAUAAUGCUUCUUCUUUCCGCAUGCUAGUCAGUAUCCCAUAUCCAUUUAUGUUGGGACGUGCUGGUGUGCGUCUCUUCCUUGUGUUCUUCCCCUAUCUAUCUCAUGGCAGGCUUUGAUGAAACUCUUGGUGCGCUGCUGGUUGGCGGGCUGGUAGGCUAUGGCGCUCUGGGGUAUAACCUGCGUGCAGACGUAUACGUUCUUCACGACGAAUCAGAGAGAUCGGAUGGCGUUCAAGUUUCUUAUUGCAUUCCUUCUUAUCUUGGACACGUUCGACUCGGUGUUGAACGGGCACAUUCUUUAUUUUUAUCUCGUCAAGAAUUAUUUGAACCCUUUGGCUAUCUAUGUGCCGACUUGGUAUGUUAUCUCCAUGUUGCGAUCACGUCGAUCUCUGAUUUCAUAAUACGGAGUAUGUUCGCUCGCCGGGUGUAUCGAUUGAGUAGUGGGAAUAAAGUGAUAACACUAUGGAUUGCGGCGGUAUCGGUUACGGACUUGGUUUGUGGUAUCGUGAUCACCGCUAAAGCGUUUGGGAUCUCGAGUUAUCUGGAGCUGGAUAAACUCUCGUCAUUGUUGUACUUGAACUUCGCGGCGGGUACCACGAGUGACGUGAGCGUCGCGCUCGCAUUGUGUUAUUAUCUCUACGCCUCCCGUACAGGGUUCCAAAGGACCGACUCGCUGAUAACUAUUCUCAUGGCGUAUACGGUGAACACCGGAUUGGUGGUCGCAGUCGACGCCGCACUUGGCAUCGUUACGUAUGCUGCGAUGCCUCAUAAUCUCAUAUUCCUCGGCUUCUACUUGCUUUUAAGCAAACUAUACCUAAACUCGUACCUCGCCAGUCUCAAUGCUCGCCAAGGACUACGCGAGAUGAGCAACCAACCCGUGUCCAUCCAGUUCACAAACUUUGCGCAAUCUUCCGGCCGGUUUACGAACACGAGCGAAGGUGAGGAUACACAAUCAUCACGUCCUGUGUUGGGCGAGAAGCGAUCACAUCCGACGGCACUGUCACUCGAAACGGGUAAUCUGCAAAAGAGAUCCCAGCCAGAUAGUAGCACCAGUUCAAAUCCUUCUACGCCCAUCACAGCAACGACGGCGACGUUGACCCCCGGUCUGGCUGUGUGAACACGCCGGACGUCUCGAGUGGAUCUGCUACUUCUAUACAUAUUCAUUAUUCAUACUCUUAACUUGUUUUCCGCUUGUACAAAAUGCCGAGAUGGCGUACUAAAUGAAUACCACCACCGCCUACGCGUGUACACUUAC